GACAUUUUCUCUCCGCCACGCUCCAUUUUGAGGAACGCGUCUCUCCCGCCACGACCCACGGUCGCGCCAUUUGGGGCGUGGCUGGGCGGCUGCCAUCUUGAGUGUGGCUGAGGAAGUUUGAUCGCUGUUUCUCCCAGGAAACAGGAAAUCGACCCCAUUUCACGCGGUAAAGUAAUCAGGGUUCAGACAGAGGAUGCCACUGCCCAGAGGUCACACAGCAAAUAUCUUGAACAUCCUGGAAAGGAAUUCAGGGAUAGAAAUAGAGCUCCUUAGAGAAAGCGAUGUGAGGAGUAUCCGAUACUGGGCCGGAGAGUCCGCGCUUGGUGAGCAGCCGCACGCUUAGCCGAUUACCUCGCCUCUCUGCGCCAGUUUCCUCCAGUGCAACAGGACAGGGAAGGCUCCUGCGUCUCAGGCUGUGCCAGGAAUAAAUGCGAAAUCCUCUGGGAACCUCUCCCCAGUCAUGGACAGCUGCAGUCUUCCAGAGCUCCAGAAGCCUCUGCUGGCAGGUGCAGGCCGUGAGCCUCCUGUCCAGAACCCUGGUGAGCGUGAGCCAGGCCCCCCUCUCCGGGAGACAGCCUUUGCUGAGUCGCCGAGGGCUUGGCCGUUCCUACCAUCACUUCCAUCUGUGAGCGCUGGCCUGGGGGAGCCAGGGCACCCAGACCCCGAGGACACAUCAUCCAGUGACAGCGACUCAGACUGGGAUGGGGGUGGCCUCCUCUCCCCGCUCCUACCCCACGACCACCUCGGCUUGGCUGUCUUCUCCAUGCUGUGCUGUUUCUGGCCCCUGGGCAUCGCUGCCUUUUGCCUGGCCCAGAAGUUGCUAGCAGAUGUUUUAGUGGUUCAGGGAGAAGAGGAGGAAGGAAACUUCAAUUGUCAAGGGAGUCCUCGCUGGUUUCUCAACCACCACCCCAAAAAGCAGCACCCCCAGAGGCAGCAACAGCACUUCUCAUCCCUGGAUGACAAGCCCCAGUUUCCAGGGGCCUCGGCGGAAUUUAUUGACAAGCUAGAGUUCAUCCAGCCCAAUGUCAUCUCUGGAAUCCCCAUCUACCGCGUCAUGGACCGGCAGGGCCAGAUCAUCAACCCCAGCGAGGAUCCCCAACUGCCCCAGGAGAAGGUGCUCAAGUUCUACAAAAGCAUGACCCUGCUCAACACCAUGGACCGCAUCCUCUAUGAGUCCCAGCGGCAGGGCCGGAUCUCCUUCUACAUGACCAACUAUGGUGAGGAGGGGACGCACGUGGGGAGUGCUGCGGCCAUGGACAACACGGACCUGGUGUUUGGCCAGUACCGGGAGGCAGGUGUGCUGAUGUACCGGGACUACCCCCUGGAGCUCUUCAUGGCCCAGUGCUACGGCAACGUGAACGACAUGGGCAAGGGGCGCCAAAUGCCGGUCCACUAUGGCUGCAAGGAGCGCCACUUCGUCACCAUCUCCUCUCCCCUGGCCACGCAGAUCCCUCAGGCUGUGGGGGCGGCCUACGCAGCCAAGAGGGCCAAUGACAACAGGGCCGUCAUCUGUUACUUCGGCGAGGGGGCGGCCAGUGAGGGGGAUGCUCACGCCGGCUUCAAUUUCGCCGCCACCCUGGAGUGCCCCAUCAUCUUCUUCUGCCGGAACAAUGGCUAUGCCAUCUCCACACCCACCUCUGAGCAGUACCGCGGGGAUGGCAUAGCGGCUCGAGGCCCUGGCUAUGGCAUCAUGUCGAUCCGCGUGGAUGGCAACGACGUGUUUGCUGUGUACAAUGCCACCAAAGAGGCCCGGCGACGGGCUGUGGCCGAGAACCAGCCCUUUCUCAUUGAGGCCAUGACCUACAGGAUCGGGCACCACAGCACCAGUGACGACAGCUCUGCAUACCGCUCGGUGGAUGAGGUCAACUACUGGGACAAGCAGGACCACCCCAUCUCCCGGCUGAGGCACUACCUGCAGAGCCGUGGCUGGUGGGACGAUGAACAGGAGAAGGCCUGGAGGAAGCAGUCCCGCAAGAAGGUGAUGGAGGCCUUUGAGCAGGCUGAGCGGAAGCCGAAGCCCAACCCCAGCCUGCUGUUCUCAGACGUGUACCAGGAGAUGCCCGCCCAGCUCCGCAAGCAGCAGGAGUCCCUGGCCCGUCAUCUUCAGACCUAUGGCGAGCACUACCCCCUGGAGCACUUUGACAAGUGAGGCCCACUCACCCCACCCCAUCCAUGACAACCACCCGAGUCUGCAGGGAGGAGGGAGCUGAUGGGACACUACCCCAGUCUCCAACCCACUCUCUCCCACAUACUCAAGGGCUAGGGCUGUGCCCAAGUCUGCCAUGGGACUCCUGCUCCUCCAGGCUGUUACAUUUGCUGGGGGCUCUGUCAGUCCCCUCUUCACCUGUUGUCACAGUGCCUUCUCCCAGGGGCCAGGUGAGGGUGCCUCCAGGUCUGGAAGCCCCUCUAGGCAGGGGUGAUGCGGUAGGUGGUCCUGGGUGCUUACUCAUAGGAGAGGGGUCGGCAUGUGGUCAAUAAACUGUAUCAGCAUUUGGCUCUGUGCCAACUCUGGUCUGUUUCCUGGAGUUUCAGAGGUGGGAGGAGAGUCUGGCAGGACUGGUUUGGGACCACCCCUAGCUUCUCCACUAGGUACAUAUGGUCAAGGCCGUCGAGAUCCCUACUCUCCCCGGAAACUUUUGCAAGCUGGAGGUCAGCUUCAGUAGGCGGGCAGGGGUGGGGUCCUCCUGAUGAUCUCCCAUAGAUUGGGGCAACUCUGUUUCCACAAGGUAACCAGAGGCUGUCAGAGCAGGCCUGGCCUUGGAGGCAUGGGAGGUGUCUGGUAUGCAGGUCGGCUCGGUUCUGUAAACUACUCCAGGCCCCAUAGACGCAAAGACCACUUCAGGCCUCACAGUUGA